GCUAAGUGAAAUUCUUUCGAAAUGGGUGGCAAAAUUAAAACAGAGCAAGUUAUUCUCUCCACAGAAACCCUUCACGCUCAUUGGCACUUCUCUCUGCGCUCGCUAGGGUUCUUACUCAACUUAGAUUCAAUUAAAGAUGAAUGUAGAGAAGCUUCAAAGGAUGGCUGGUUCAGUCAGGACAGGUGGCAAGGGAACCGUGAGAAGAAAGAAGAAGGCAGUUCACAAGACAAAUACAACUGAUGAUAAAAGGCUUCAAAGCACACUUAAGAGAAUAGGUGUGAAUUCCAUUCCUGCCAUAGAAGAGUUGAACAUAUUCAAGGAAGAUGAAGUGAUCCAAUUCAUUAAUCCCAAAGUCCAGGCUUCAAUUGCUGCAAAUACUUGGGUUGUCAGUGGGUCCCCUCAGACUAAGAAAUUGCAGGACAUCCUACCGCAAAUUAUUAACCAAUUAGGUCCUGAUAACCUGGAGAACUUGAAAAAAUUGGCAGAACACUUCCAAAAGCAACCUAUCCCGGGUACUGUCGCAGCUGCUACUGAAGAAGAUGAUGAUGAUGUGCCUGAGCUGGUGGAAGGUGAAACCUUCGAAGAAGCCGCUGCAGUUGAGGAUCAUAAGUAAAACUCGGCUAGUUUUUGUGAUUCGAGUACUUUUUUUAUCAUUAUCUAUGUUUCACCGCUGUUUAUUAAAACAAUGCUUGAACUCUACAAGUUUUGAAUUCACUUUACCAUAUGUCCGAUUGGUGUUCAGUAUAAUUGUAGGGUGCGUCAAUAAUUUAUACUAAGAAAUGCAUUUUAACACAACCACAGUUGCUGACGUGCUGAUGG